AUGUCCCGUCCUGAUCUCCCAGACAACCAGGAGAAGGGUGACAGCGCUGGAACGUGGAGUGAGGACCGUAUCCCGGUCGUUGACCUCGAUGUCCUCGUCAAUGGCGACGCCGCUCAACGGUCGGAGGCGAUCCGGCACCUUGGUCGGGCGUGCGAAGAGUGGGGCUUCUUUAUGGUCAUCAACCAUGGUGUUCCUGGAUCUCUCCAAGGAGCAACCAUGGACGCGUGCAAGGAGAUGUUCGGUUUACCAGCGGAGGAAAACGCUGAGUACAUGAACCCCACCCUGAUGGCGCCCGUUAGCCUGGGGACGUCUUUGAAUUCUGCCUACUGGAGGAACUACGUCAAGUUUUUCACGCACCCCGAUUUCCACUGCCCGGAGAAGCCAGCAAACCUAAGAGGAAAUGUUACCGAGUACGCGACUCGCACGAGAGGCCUGAUGCUAGCGCUCACGGCGGCGAUCUCCGAGAGCAUGGGGCUUGCCGACGGCCGCAUCGCUGAAGCGCUAAACCUGGAGGACUGCUUCCAAUUAGUCGUCUGGAACCAAUACCCGCCGGCUGGCCCGGAGGUCGGGUUGCCGCCUCACACUGACCACGGCCUACUCGCUCUUCUCUUCCAGACCGGCGUCGACGGCCUACAAGUCCAGAAGAACGGCCGUUGGAUCCUCGCGAAGCCCAUUCCCAACUCGUACUUCGUCAUCGCCGGUGAUCAGCUUGAGAUUGUUAGCAAUGGAAGGUACAAGGCCGCGCUCCACCGUGCAAUGGUCCAUGGAGAGCAGGCGAGAAUGUCGUCCGUGUGCCUGCUCGGGCCAUGCCUCGACACCGUCGUCCAGCCGAUACCAGAGCUGGCACUGCAGGGAGUGGAGUUCAGGGGUGUCAAGUACAGAGACUACAUUGAGCACCAACGUACCAAAACUGUCAACGAGAGUGCGGCGGUGGUCGUCGCUCGUGCGCAGCGUGAAAUAUUAGCGCGCCAGGGCUCGCCCAACAAUCCCGAAAUUAACGCCUAA